AAACAAAUACAGUCCUUGACAGUCAUUGUAAACCCGCUGCCUUCGCCAAGUUGCUUGGAACUCAAAUAAGCUGAAGGCAAAAAGAGCCGCCCUCCUCUUUAACCCUUUCUUCUGUAUUCUUUUUUCUUUUGCCUUUUCAUUCUUUUUGUGGCUCUGGAGCCGCGUCUACCUAUUCCCAGACUAUGCUUCGGGCAAAGCAUCUCGGCACACUCUCCCAGUCAGCUAGGUCCUUUUUUCUAAGUGGAUCACGAUGUAGUGCAGCAGAUGGAAGUUCGUGCACUUGUUCGGAAGAUGAAACUUGUAUUUCGAAAAGGCCGCAGGCUAGAAAUGAGGUUCGACAUCCGCAAAUAUCAUCCAGCUUGGUUUCAAAAGCCUCUGUAGGAGUAGGUGCCUUAUUAUCUGGAGAUGCUGUAAAGGCUGUGAGCUCGAUAAAAAAUGAGACUUUGGAUUCUCCAGCUUCUAGGCCACAGGCCAUACCCGCAUCUACCGUGUCUGGGCGAGUAGAAUCUGUUAUUUAUGGUAGCAUUGAUGCUGAGAACGCCGUGCAGUCCUCACCUCCCAUUUCAGACCAGUUUGUUCGGGCAGGUAUUGCAGCAGUCAGUUUUUUAUCCGAUGUGGUAAACUAUAAGAUACCUAUGUUAGAUGGGAGCGGAGAGAAUAGCUCAUCCAACAACUGUAUGGUAGAUCGUACAAAGCCUAUUUCCAAUGUGAGGCCAUCAAAUGUAAAGACCUCCAGAAAUGACAAACUUCAAGCUAACACAUCUACUGAUACACCUGUAACAUCAAACCUUGCAAAUAAUUCGAACUACACAAAAAGCAGAGGUGAUAAGUAUAAUUCAGUCAAAGGCAGAAACCCUGUUUCGAACAACAGUAUUGGGGAAGUGGAGACCCAUGGUGUUGUCACAGAUUCUCGUGACCGGAGGAGGACAGGACCUCCAAAGUCAAGAUCAUAUCCAAAUCGUAACUUGGCAAAUGUACGUGCCUCUGAAGGAAAGCUUAAGAAUGAAAUUCCUGAAGGUUUCAGCAAGCCAUUGCGAGAAACAAAGCUGCAAAGUGCAGGAGUUGUUCCAAUGGUCAGGCAGUUUUCUAGUUGUGGCAAUGUUGUUGGAACAGUUUCUCGCAUUUUACAACAGUUAAAUUGGGGUUCUGAGACAGAAAAUGCUCUUCGUGAACUCAACUGUUUAUUGGAUCCAUACCAAGCAAACCAAAUUCUUAAGCAGAUCCAUGAUCAUACAGUCGCUCUUGGCUUUUUCUAUUGGUUGAAGCGACAACCAGGAUUUAAGCACGACGGACACACCUAUACCACCAUGGUUGGCCUCCUGGGACGUGCUAGGCAGUUUGGGGCAAUUAACGAGUUGCUUGAGCAGAUGGUCAGAGAUGGGUGUCAACCAAAUGUAGUGACGUAUAACCGUCUCAUUCACAGUUAUGGCAGAGCAAACUACUUGCGUGAAGCAUUACAUGUCUUUAAUCAAAUGCAGGAAGCUAGAGUUGAACCUGACCGUGUAACCUAUUGUACUCUGAUUGACAUCCAUGCAAAAGCUGGUUAUCUUGAUGUUGCCAUGGACUUGUAUGAAAGGAUGCAAGAGGCUGGGCUCUCUCCAGACACAUUCACUUACAGUGUCAUCAUCAAUUGCCUUGGAAAAGCAGGUCACUUAGCUGCUGCGCACAAACUGUUCUGUGAGAUGGUUAAUCAGGGAUGUGUACCAAACUUGGUGACCUACAACAUUAUGAUUGCUUUGCAUGCGAAAGCGAGGAACUAUUCUAGUGCAUUGCAGUUAUAUCGUGACAUGCAGAAUGCUGGAUUUGAGCCGGACAAAGUGACAUACAGCAUUGUAAUGGAGGUGCUUGGCCAUUGUGGCUAUCUGGAGGAAGCAGAGGCAGUUUUUACAGAGAUGAAAAGGAAGAAUUGGGUACCUGAUGAGCCUGUCUAUGGUCUUCUAGUGGACCUAUGGGGAAAGGCUGGGAAUGUAGAAAAAGCUUGGAACUGGUACUGUGCGAUGAUUAAUGCAGGUUUGUGCCCCAAUGUGCCUACGUGCAAUUCUCUGCUGAGUGCUUUCCUUAGGGUUCACCGCUUGCCAGAUGCGUACAACUUGCUUCAAAGCAUGCUUGAAUUGGGUCUAAACCCUUCUCUGCAAACUUAUACCUUGCUCCUCAGUUGCUGCACAGAAGCUCAAACAUCAUUUGACAUGUCCUUUUGUUGUGAGCUGAUGGCAGUCACACGCCACCCAGCGCACGCAUUCCUUCUAACCAUGCCACCAGCAGGACCUGAUGGGCAGAAUGUGAGGGAUCAUGUUAGCAGCUUUUUGGAUCUGAUGCACAGCGAGGAC